AAAAUUGUUUUUGCCCCCCUGGUUGUUUGUCAAGGUUGCUAUACUACACACCUUGGUUUUGAGCGCCUGCUGCUCGAACUGUGUUCGCCUUCUGCUCGACUACUCGAGUUCUCCUUCCAGUCCAGCCGAGCAGUCGAGCAGCAUUAAUUUGCAGGAAGGGUUUUUGGUAAAAGCAAAACUUUCGACGCCGUAAUUACCUUCGAAUUCUGAACAAUGGCGCGUUCCAAGAAUCGCUCCGAAUCCGAGGAGUCCGAGAAGGUGGACAAGAAGCCGCGCGGCCGGGAUAAGGAUCGGAAAAAGCGGAGCUCAAGCAGCAGCGAUAGCAGCGGCAGCUCUUCCGAUAGCAGCUCAUCGCGCAGCUCGUCGGGAUCGCGUUCCAGCUCCAGCAGCAGUAGCAGCUCUUCAUCCAGUUCGUCUUCAUCGUCCAGCAGCGAGGCGGAACGGUCACGUACCAAGCGCAAGACCAACACGAAGUCGCGUUCCCGCAGUAAGAGCCCGGUAGCGGCCCAGUGGAACAAGGAAUCGUCGGUCAACAAGGAUGCGGCCGCGAAAGCGGUCCGUGGUAAAUCGAAGGAGAAGGAUCGUCGCAGCUCGGAACCGCGAGAUAAUGAUAAGGAGAACAGCAGCCGGCAACCGGCCCGUGGGGGUUCGGUGGAAAAGUCGAACAAAGAUUCACGCAGCCGUCGCUCACGGUCGGAUUCAUCGAAGCGUAAACGCAAGGAGCGCUCUCUUACACCCCGUCCGGUGCGCAUCCACAUCGGACGGCUGACGCGCAACGUUACCCGCGACCAUGUAAUGGAGAUAUUCAGCACCUACGGCGAGGUACGUAACGUGGAGUUUCCGAUGGAUCGUUUUCAGCCAUUUGGGCGCGGCUUUUGCUAUGUCGAAUACGCCGAUGCGGAUGGGGCUGAGAAUGCGAUGAAGCACAUGGACGGUGGUCAGGUCGAUGGGCAGGAGAUAACGGCUUCACCGGUGCUGUUGCCGAAAGCACGACCACCGCCCCGCCGACCUUCGCCGAUCAUGCGCAACAACCGGCCAAUGCAGCAGCGCUGGCGUUCGCCGAUGCGCUACCGGCGCCGUCCCUCGAUCAGACGUAGUCCGCGCCGCAGGCGUUCACGUAGUCCCGUUCGGCGACGCCGCCAGAGCAACAGCUCCGACAGUUCACGCUAGAGAGUGCAUAAGAUCGACCCGCCGUCGGAUGAUGGAACUUUUUACUUUUAAAAUUUUCUCAACACGAACUGCAUCAUAGAGGUAGCGAGUAGACAGAUACCUUCGCAUUAUAAGCUAAUCGUAAUUGCCCAUCGAGCUGAUGCAGGCGUUUUAGGACAGACCAGUCGACCUUUUCCGUUGGAACAAACGCGGACCAGAGAAAGGGAGAAGGGGAACGGGGGUAGAUAGAAAGUGGAGCUCCCGGUUCCGUACACAACAAACCGUUCACCACCGUGUGUUGCAUGCAUAGGGACGCUAAACGCUGUCCAACAACAAAGAUACACAAUCGGAUAAAUAAAAUCAAUUUCUCAUACUUUA